UCUCUUGGGGAUAGCCUUGGUCCUGACUUUGGCAAAUCUGAUGGCUACAUGAAAAGCUCUGUUGUGUCAGGAAAGCAAAAUCCUAGAUGGAGACAGUUUCCCCCUCACAAUGCCUUGUAGCUCAUCCUAUGAAGAUUGAUGUCCUUUUCCUUCAUCACUUUAAUUUUGCUGACAAUUUGGAUAAACAUGGCACAGCUCCAACAAGGAGGCCCGGAUGAAAAAGAAAAAACUACUGCACUAAAAGAUUUAUUGUCUAGGAUAGAUUUGGAUGAACUGAUGAAAAAAGAUGAGCCGCCACUUGAGUUUCCUGAUACUCUUGAAGGAUUUGAAUAUGCAUUUAAUGAACAGGGGCAAUUAAGGCAUAUAAAAACUGGAGAGCCAUUCGUUUUUAACUACCGUGAAGAUUUACAUAGAUGGAACCAAAAGCGCUAUGAAGCUCUUGGAGAGAUCAUUACUAGAUAUGUCUAUGAACUACUGGAAAAGGAAUGCAACUUGAAAAAAGUAACUCUCCCAUCAUUACUCUGGGAUGAGGAUGAGGGAUUCAGUAUGCAGACUGCUCUGGGGAGAGAGGACUACUCCAGCCUUUUCUCACUUGCAGCCUGGGACAAAGUGAGAAGCCAUCUCUCUCUGUCAGGUGCAUAUCCCCAGCUAGGACAAGACCAGAUUCUUCUGCCCUCUGUUCUCCCCAGCCAGAGCAAGGAAUGCUGCAAACUGUGUUUUCCCCUCGCUCCCUGAUGAUGGGGAGCAGCUAGUAAUGUUCUUGUACAAAUGGGAGAAGGGGGCCUUGAACCCCUCUGACCUUCUGAAAGAGCACCUGGGGGGGAAGCCUUGGGACUGGGGCAGUUCCAGAUGGGAUG